CAUUGCACCCACAUCUCAGCACUUCCCCUGCAAGAGUUUGGAUUUCCGACAUGGAGAGAAUCUUGCUCUUGAUUGAAAAUGCCAUUAAAUCCACAUAAUUAGUAGUGUUGAUAAAGCAAAAGGGGAGCCUUGUGAUCUCUAGACAUCUGCUAAACGUGAUGACGGCCUGGUCCAUGGUCAGAAAACUGGAAAUGGAAAAGAAGAGGCCGUCCAAAGAAGAAAGGGCGGCUGCAAGUGAGAUGGAAUAUGAGAUGGGAGACUGCAGUGGAGAAUCUGAUGAAUGGACCAGCUCUGAGAGUGAAGCCGAACAGCAGGGGGAAAAAAGUGCCAUCAGCAGCUAUGUUAACACUCUUUUUCAAGGCAUAGACAUUUCCAGCAAGCCCCACAGACAACUCUGCAGAUCCCCGUGUCUGGACCGUCCCAGCUUCUCUCAGAGCAGUAUUCAAGUUCCUCUUGAACAAGCAGCAAAGACGGAAGAUGCUAAGAGCAGCCUAGACCGAGAGUAUCAAGCAAAAAUGGACUUUUCCCUAAAGUUGGGCUACAAUGGAGAACAAAUCCAAUCUGUCCUUAACAAGUUGGGAGCAGAUGCUCUUAUUAACGAUGUCCUAGCUGAGCUGGUGAGGCUAGGUAAUAAGGGGGAAUCUGAGGCACAGACUAGUGGAGGCAGUUUGAGUAGCAAUCUUGUACCUAGAGGCCCAUGCACCAAAGAAAUAGCAACUCCCGAACUGUCUUUAGAAGAUGAUGUUGUUGACAGUUCGGAUAACCUCAGACCAAUCGUCAUUGAUGGAAGUAAUGUAGCAAUGAGCCAUGGCAAUAAAGAGGUCUUCUCAUGCCGAGGAAUACAACUGGCUGUGGAAUGGUUUCUGGAGAAAGGCCACAAAGAUAUCACUGUCUUUGUACCAGCUUGGAGAAAGGAGCAGUCAAGACCUGAUGCUCCCAUUGCUGACCAGGAGGUUCUUCGGAAGCUGGAAAAGGAGAAGAUUCUUGUGUUUACACCAUCCCGCCGGGUGCAGGGUCGCAGAGUGGUUUGCUAUGAUGACCGUUUCAUAGUCAAGCUGUCCUUUGAUUCUGAUGGAAUAAGUGUAUCUAAUGAUAACUACCGAGACCUCCAGAAUGAGAAGCCUGAGUGGAAGAAGUUUAUUGAAGAGAGACUUCUUAUGUAUUCAUUUGUCAAUGACAAGUUUAUGCCACCUGAUGACCCACUAGGAAGGCAUGGUCCCAGUCUAGAAAAUUUCCUACGUAAAAAGCCUGUGGUUCCGGAGCAUAAGAAGCAACCAUGUCCCUAUGGGAAGAAAUGUACGUAUGGACACAAAUGUAAAUACUACCACCCUGAGAGAGCGAACCAGCCUCUGCGAUCAGUUGCUGAUGAACUCAGAAUAAGUGCAAAACUGUCAGCGGUCAAGACAAUGAGUGAAGGUGCGUUAGUAAAAUGUGGGAUGGGCCCAUCUAAUUCCAAGGGAGAUGGAUCCAUGGAAACAAAGCGAAUUGCUCCUAAAAGACAAUCUGAUCCUAGUAUUCGUUCUGUGGCUUUGGAGCCAGAACAUAGGCUAUCAGCAGCCCGCAAAUCAGAGGCCAACUCUGUGCCAUCACUUGUAUCUGCCUUGAGUGUGCCAACUCUGCCACCUCCUAAGUGUCAUGCUGUAAGUGCUUUGAACACACGUUCGGCAAGCAGCCCUGUGCCUGGAUCAUCGCAGUUCUCCCACCAGAAAUCCUCCUUGGAGCACAUGACAAGUGUUCACUAUCCACCAAUACUGGUCACCAACAGCCAUGGCAAUUCUGUCAGUUACGCUGAGGAGUAUCCAAAAUAUGAAUCUCUGGGAGACCAUGGUUACUACUCAAUGCUAAGUGACUUCUCUAAUUUGAGCAUCAGCAAUAUGCACAGCUCUGACUACUACAACGCAGAGCAGGACCGAGCAGCGUUUUCAAGGAACUCCAGCCCAUGUCCAGAUAGUUGCAUGAGUCACAACAGCAGUGACUCCUAUUCUUCAUACAGUGACCUCUAUUUGGGCAUCUCAGAUCCAGGACCUGAAGACACCGUCAAACACCAAAGGCCACCUCCACAGAAUAGAUGGCAGCCAUUUGCACAUGGCUACCAUGAAGCUUUAACACGAGUUCAGAGCUACGGUCAGGAGGAGCCCAUGCAAAAUUCCCGGAAGCAGUCCUCUUCACAUUUGGCUCUGCAUCUACAACAUCCACUUGUUGGGGCACGGUCAAGCUGUCCUGGAGAUUACCCAGCGCCAGAGAAUAUGCACCCUUCUGCCAACGCUCAGCCUGGGAGAGCAUUGGUCAUGACUAGAAUGGAUAGCAUAUCAGACUCCCGUCUUUAUGAGAGUAACCCCAUGCGGCAAAGAAGACCUCCACUGUGCCGUGAACAACAUGCUAGCUGGGACCCUUUACCUUGCCCCAGGGACUCCUAUAAUUACCACUCGUACCCACUUAGUAAUAGUCUCAUGCAGCCAUGCUAUGAACCAGUCAUGGUAAGAAGCAUGCCUGAGAAGAUGGAACAGCUCUGGAGAUCUCCUCACUGGCCUUCUAUGGCCAGUGACCAUAGAGAGCAACACAUCAUUCCAGAGCAUCAGUAUCAGACUUACAAAAACCUGUGUAACAUCUUUCCUCCAGGGGUGGUACUCUCUGUCAUGGAGAAGAACCCACACUUGACCGAUGCCCAGCAGCUUGCAGCGAUUAUUGUUUCAAGGUUACGAUCAGGUCAACACCACUGUUAAUAUCAUCCCUUAAUGCCUGGACAAUAGUAUCUAUUGAUCAAGUUGCCUGAAUAAAACCUGGCAGUGUUUUUCACAUUUAGCUUUCUCCGAUGACCUAUUGAUCAGUUGUUUUUUUUUUUUUUCUUGCCACCAUUUAAACUUUUUAUUAAGACGAUUUAACUUUUAUUUAUUUUUUAAAACUUUAUGAUCUUUACAGCAUUCCCAAAGGAGUGCAUAUUUUAUUGUAUAGAUAUAUCUAUCCCUGCUAGACCUGUGUGACAGGUUAAACCUCAGUUCCUUGGAAGGCAAAGUCACUGAUUCCUAUUCUUAAUAAAGAGGAUAGAAGGGUCAGUCAAUCUCUCCAAUGCUGGAGAUCCCAGCACAUCAUCAAAGCACAUGAGUUGCUUGCACCAUGUUAAGUUCAGCUGUUCACAAAAAACACCUGUUCAUAUUGUUAGCAAUUAUAUUGCAUGCCUAUGUGUGUAUUUGCAGUUUCAAUCAGUACAACUGUGUACAUAGGUAGUUCCUUUUCUGUAUUGUUCAACAAAAUUGCUGCCUUUUGUUUAAAAGAAGGUUUUGUUUGCACAAGGAAAAUGUAUUGCUGGACUCUUCGCUCUUUGAUGUAUCUUUCAGAGGUCAUCAAUACAUUUCCAUGUUGCAAUGCAUUGAUGUACUACAGAUUUUAUAUUUGCACAAAAUGAAUUUGUUUGUUUUUUCUUUUUUUGCACAAUUUUUCGGCAGGUC